UUUUUUUUUUAACGUGCACGACAUGAGUGGAGGCCCUCAGAAAGGACACGUCUCCUCACAGGAGAAACAUCAAGUGUUUGGAACUCAAACAGCACGUUUCUUCUCCAGUUGAAACUCAUAACAUCACAGUUGCAGGAUGGAUAGAAUAGCCUCUCACCUGGAAAAGUCCAAAAACUUCCGUAUCGAGGCACUCCUGGCUCACGAUGUGGGCGUCGAGGGCGGGUCUCCAGAGGCGACCUACACCGGGAGUCCGAGGUCCGAGACGCCCUCCCCUCGGCCUGCGAACGCCGCACAAACCCAGCCUGGAAUGACGCCACUGGGACCCCUCUACAACUUUUCCCAAUCGGGAUUCUCCGCAAUGUACGCCGGGGGCUUCCUCGGAAUGCAUCCGAGGUCCGUGUACCCCUUGGCGGCUAUAGGCGCCCAGCCGCCCGCCUUCGUGUAUCCCGGCUUCCCGCAGCUGGUCCAGCCGUACCCGGGCCACUUGAAGGCGGGCACUGUGGCCGGGGUGCACCCACUGGAGCCCUGGAUCAGAGCAGGAAUGAUGUUACCGAGACUCGGAGAAUAUGGAGCACCAGCCCAAGCAGGGUUGUUGGGGAAGUGUCGUAAACCGAGGACUGCGUUCACCAGCCAGCAGCUGUUGGAACUCGAAAACCAGUUCAAGCUUAACAAGUACCUAUCCAGACCCAAACGCUUUGAGGUGGCCACUUCCCUUAUGCUGACAGAGACUCAGGUUAAAAUCUGGUUCCAGAACAGACGAAUGAAGUGGAAGCGAAGCCGUAAAGCCAAGGAGCAAGCAAGCCCGGCGUCUCCGUUGAGUGACUGUGAAAUAGCAGAGAGCGUCCAACUUCAGGCAGACUCUCCCAUCCCUAGCUUGGAGGAUGAAGAUGAACUCCAAGGCGAGGAUGGGGACGAGGAACCGAGUGUUCUGACAGGCUCUAUUAGCUCCCUCUUGAGGCACGCGGGAGGAGCGGCAGGGAACUACAGCUCAUAUUUAGAACAAGAGCUAGAGGAGGGAAGUUCAAGAAGAAACGGGGUUUUCCCAUAGUUAAAACAUGUGUUUUUAUUGUUUGAGUUUGUAAAUUGCUGAGGAGAGGACAAUGCACAAUGUUUGAGUUUGUAAAUUGCUCAGGAGAGGACAAUGCACAAUGGAAGCAGGUGCAUAUACAUUAUUUAUCACAAGCCAGUCAAGGAAAUAUUAUGUCCAAACACAGUGAUACUUUACACACACGAUAAUGGUUGAAUGGC